ACUUUCAACACCAAUUUCCGAGGCUGAGAACUGUAGUCAAUUUCGCUGAGGACUCAUAUUACGAGUCAAAAGACUUCGAGCAAUCAUUCAGUAUUCUUUACAAGUGGAAAGGCGAGGAUCGUACAUGGAUGGCAAAUAUCUGAAUGAUGAGAAGGAUCAUCUGCGUCGCGGGAUCAUUUCGAUAACUCUUUCUUUCUUACCAUCAUUUACAUUUCUGUAUGAUGAAUGCCACAGAAAAUUUUUCUUCAGCGUCUUCGCCAACUAAACUUCGUCCACUAUCCCCAAAGCAGGAACGGCGUCUCGUCGUCUUUCUCGAUAAUGAAUUCCUUGAACUUACACGUGGCUACAAAAAACGGUUUGUGACCCGUUCACCGAUAAUUCACACUAAGUUGUACACUAGAUCAUCGCCAGCAUCACAUCUUCCAACACUCGAUGCCUAUCUCCAAGCUGCGCAAAGGAUCUUAGGAUUGAUACUCCAAGUUCCACCCAUAGAUCCAUCAACAAGCCUGCGGAUACAGCUAUUGCUUCGUUUGACGAAUGAAGUGCUGACGUGUAUACCUGGCUAUCCUUCAAAUUCGGAAAACCUUCCUAUAGCUAUGGAUUGGCUUGAUGAUCUUGAUCAGUCCUGGGCCGCAGUGCUCCAAGCACAGGUUUGGAAUCCCAGCGAAGGAAUAGGUGAAGAUCUGAUCGUUGACGCUGGUGAUGUCGUUAGAGGUGUAAAGUCCACGCCGAUGAGCCAGACAGAGCGUACGCGGCUGAAGAGCCUUCUCUUGGGAGGUGUGGCGACGCUAGAAGAGUGGUUGGAAGGCAAGCCGAUUGGUGUUAAUAGACAGGCAACUGCGGUUGAGGAAGAAGACGGGUUGAACGACAUUUUCUCAAACACACUUGAGGAGCUUGGGCAUCUGGGUCUAGUCGCAGUUGAGCCUGAGGAGUUGUGUUCGAUGGAUCUAGAUGAUGAUUGAUGAGAGGGAAACCAGCAUCGUUUGGCACUCAGUAAUCCUUAAGCAUCUGCAGUUCAGAACAGCCUUCUGCCUCGAUCUGACCUUGUAUUUCUUUCGUCUGAUGGCCGCUGCGGUAGAGAAAGUCGAUCUCCAUUCAAUUGCGCAGGUCGCGUCCUUGUCGCGUCCUUCUCAAUCCCUUGACAAGCCUCAACAGGACUAGAUUCGCCUGCGUAUAGAUGACAGUAGGUCAUUGCAGUAGGACAUACUUCAUUGUUAGUGCAGUGUCACGUAAAUCAAGGUCAUAUCCAGUCAAACGG